AGUGUGACCUUAAAACUGACCGGAAACAGCCGCCUGAGAACCGUUCAGCGACUCAACGACGACGAUGUUCUCGCUAUCUCCGAAUGUCUGAGGAACAACCACAGCGUGUCAGGUCUCGAUGUCAGGUACAAUAACGUAACAGAUGAAGGGGUCGGACACCUUGUUGGCCUCUUACAGGACGACGGCUCAGCUCUGCGCUCCCUGGACCUGAUGUUCAACGACAUCCAGAGGGAUGGAGCUGAAGUUCUGGCCAAGGGCCUGCAGUGUAACAGAACCUUGCUCUCUCUCAGGCUGUCAGGAAACAAGAUCGGGAACAGAGGAGCGAUGCACCUGGCCAGCAUGCUGCAGGUCAACAGCACCCUGAAGGAGCUGCAGCUGGCGGACUGCGACCUGGACACUCAGAGUGUGAUUGCGUUUGCCAUCGUGUUGAAAAGCAACAAGACUCUUCUCUCUGUCGAUAUCAGCCGGCCACUGCUCUUCAGCCACCAGGAGGAGUGCAUGGUGCACCUCUCUGAGAUGCUGGUGGUGAACAGCAGCCUGGUGGAGCUCCACCUGGGGAAGAUGGGGAUGACCGACACCGGGAUGGAGAGGCUGACUGAAGGCCUGCGGCUCAACCGCAGCCUGCGCUACCUGGACCUGCGCUGUAACCGCGUGACUCGUGAUGGCGUGCGUCUUCUAGCCGAGCUGCUGAAGCAGAACCAGACCCUGGAGAUCAUAGAUCUGUCAUCCAAUCGGAUUGAAGAUGAAGGUGCUGGGUACCUGAGCGAGGCCAUCGCCUGGCCAGGCUGCGCCCUGAGAGAGUGAGUCCAACACACUCAGACAAACAGCAUCCGUACAACACCAGGUAUCCAUCAGGAAGUCUUAAGAAUCGUCCGGGUGUUGAAUCUGCAGUGA